GGGAAGUGCAGUGCUGGCGGUACUGCUCGGAAACCCACGUAGUGCAGCUGUGUGUGCAGUCAGAGAUGUCAGAGGCUGCGCUGGAGGAGAUCUCUGUGCUGUCAGCCAUAUACUGUGAUCCGGGGGAAUGGGAAGUCCUCUCGCGUUCAGAGAGCGGAAUAACUGUAAUGAUUCAGACCAACGUGCGGAGGAUAGCAGAAUCUGAAAUCCGGCUUCGUCUUGUAUUUGAUCUGCCGGUUACAUAUCCAUCCUGUCUACCAAAUCUCUCUGUCAGCUCCGAAGAACUGACUAGGGCACAGUGUAAAGAACUAAGAGAUAAAUUACUUGACCAAGCCCGGGAGCAUCUCUCAGAACCCAUGAUACAUGACCUGGUCUUGUGGACACAGCAGAAUUUUAACAGCAUAAUUGGGAAUUCCAUCCAAGAUGAAAAACGCCUUCUGUCAGCAGUGACUGACGAUGGGACGUGGACAACCCUUUUACAUUUAGAUCACAUGAGGGCUAAGAACAAAUAUGUCAAAACUGUAGAAAAAUGGACGUUGGAUUUGAAGCUGACUGGGAAACUAAUGUUCAUGGGCAAAUUAAUACUGAUUCUUCUGCAAGGGGACAGGAGUAAUAUUAGGGAAUAUCUGCUUCUCCAGAAAACCUGUAAAGUCGAUGUUGAUUCAAGUGGGAAGAGAUGUAAAGAAAGGAUGAUCAGUGUUUUGUGUGAAAUGAAAUUACCUCCUGAACAUGAAAGAUAUCCAACAUUUGAAGUAAAGGAAUAUUCAUCAACUAGUGAAUUAGAGAAGGAGUUUGAAUCGGCCGGACUUUCCGAGAUGUUCGCAGAAUAUGUGUCGGGUCUGUUUUGAUGCCUCUUGCAGAAGCGAAUGAAUUCAUUUCUAUUUAAGAAGCGCAAAAGAAAGUGAGAGAAAACAUCGGUGUGAAAAAUGCUCAAUAGAUUUUUUUUUUUUUUACCCAUUUUAGCAUUGGCGUGCCUGUAUUUUAUUUUCUUUUAGCUA